AUAAAGCGACGUAUCAUUGUAGGCAAUGUCAGUAAAUUCAUUAGCCCAGAACGACGCGAUCCUUUGCUGAAACAGUUUACACAUAAAUGGAUGAUAUAUGUUGUUGAACCACCACAGACAAAGCAGGAAGAUUUUAUUACUUGUGUUCGAUUUCAUUUACAUCCAAGCUAUAAACCUCAUAAUGUGGUUGACGUGAUAGAGCCUCCAUUCAAACUCACCCGUCUUGGGUGGGGAGAGUUUCCAAUCCGUAUUCAGCUCUUUUUUGUAGAUAAGCGUAGAAACAAAUCAGUAGAUAUUAUACAUCAUUUAAAAUUA